AGUUUUUUUAUAAAUGUUUCGGUGACUGUAUCUUCCUCUGAAGAGGAAGAAGAUUAAAAUAGUGCCAGCGCAAAGUAAAAAUUGCAAUCGCGGAGUAGACCGUGCCAUUUAAUCUGCUUUGCGUAAUUACGUUUCUACUGCGAGGUAACAGUACGGAAUUUUUUUUCUCUUCCACCGGAAAGAAUCUUCCUCCCCCUUUUUUUGCGUCACGAGAAAUUAAAUUAUAAUGGAAUGAAAUUAACCGAGUUAUAGUCGAGUUUGGCAAAUCCAGAGUAUAUUGUCAAUCAUAGCGCGAUCGAUCGUUCAUUCUUGGUUACAACACGUGUCAAUCAUGCGUUCGUUUGUUUGAUUGAAUGAAAAAUCAAAUACGUGCCUUUCUCCUCGAUAUAAAAUAUUUAUUGAACGUUUAUGAUAUUUACAGAGCUCGUAAAAUUUAUUUAAAAGAAAGAAAGAGACUUAAACGCAUAGAUCAGCAUUCGAUAUUGUCCUCGCUAUUAAACGAUAUUAUCGUAACGUUCCUGAUAUUACGUAAUUCUUUUAUUGCUACUUUAUUUCCCGUCGCAUGACAAAACGCGCAGCGAUUCAUAUAUCAUACAUGGUUGUGGCAAUAGAUGUGGGAAUAUUAUAGAUAAGUAUCUACAGCCCUCGUAACUAGAUGUAAAACAUGUUCUGUAAUAUCGCUGUAAGUGGAAUAUUACCGAGUGAUAGAGGUGACGUUUACGCUGGUCCACAGGUAGAUUGAGAAUACAUACGGAAAUAUGCCCGUGUCGCGAAAGGUCUUUGCGCUGAAUAAUUUAAAACCAGGUGAUCGAUUCUCAGGUGAGCCGCAGAGACGCGACAAACGCUAUUCCAGUCGACCUCAUUUAAGAUUCGAUCGAAUCGCACAAUUAUACUGCAUGAUAUUGAUGCGCAUUUUCUACCGUUACAAUGUAUAUCUGGACUUAUCUAUGUAUAUUUAUAAACUCCAACUGUAAGCUUCCAUUAAAAACGUGUUACAACGGAGACCUUUAUUUUACAAAAGUCCACCAUGUUUCCACUUGAACGCUCACGGAAAUUGGCAGUUUCAAUCCCCGAAGAAUUCUCGGUCGUCUCUAUUCUUGUUUAUCGAGGCAUACAUCUCUAGUUUGAAUACUUCUAUGUACGAAUUAUUUUACAGAUUUUCAAUUUCGCCUCAUGAAAAAUGCACAAACAUACAAGACAAUUAUCGCCGAGAUCGCUCGUGUUUUUCCGUGCCGAUCGAUACGAAAAAAUUGAUGUUGACACGAUUCAAGUUGCGUGAUUCCGUGCAAAUGGAUAGACGGACGCGUGUGUAUUAUGUAUCGGUGGAAAACCGCAUAAAACGGAGGCGCCACACCGUCUAAGCCGCUCCGGCGCUCGAUAAAAUUACACUGCGAACACUGUAAGCCUCAUACUCCUUACACACCCUCGCUCGCAUUUUGUCAGCGUUUCUGUGUUCUCUCAUUCUCGCUUCCUUCCAUUCUGGUUAAGCUGCCACAUGUUGCGAAGGUCGUUAGCGAAACUGUGUCACGAUAUCACGGCGGUUCCAUUUUUUUUUUUUUUUCGUUACGAAUCGAAAAAAACACCGACUCCCAAUGAGGACUCUCAAAAACAUUUUUUUGUGACCGUCAGAAGAGUGUUUUGUUUACGACGUGUAAUGUCAAUAACGUAGAAAAUUCAGAAAGGAAAUUACACUGCAUAUUUGCGAGAGAUAAAGUAUUUUAUGUGGAUCUUGGGGAAAACGAUGUGCCUCGAUAUUAGAGAGGACACGUAUAAAAGUUUACGACUGAUAUACCAGUUUUCCUUUUAGAACGGAAAUUGUUUCCAGCAUUGAUCCACGAGAUCACAAGACAUCAAUGUAAAAUAAAAGUCACGUUGCAGUUUCCCUGUCGUUUUUUUUUUUUUAGAUUACAAUUGGAGAAACACGGAAGAUAAAGGCAAAGUUACACCGCGCACGGUAUUGCCGAUCAUUUUAAUGGAGUGCAUAUUGGAAACGGAUGGUUGUCGACCUAGUUUUGUCGUUACACCUAGACCUCUUAUUGUUAGAAACACUUUGCAUAGGCCAUCACACUCGCAAUGCAUAAACGUAUAGGCCACAGUAGACGAAUGCAGCUGGGAAUUAUUAUGAACUUUGCUUUAACCCACUUUAUUCUCAACGACAAUUUUAUUGUGAUCCCUCGCACGUGGCUACCUUUAGAGUUUUCCUAUGAAAACGAUUGAUAUCUUCAACCCCUUGCCGGCCCAGUCUUCAAUUUAGAACAAAAGUUUUUCAAAAAACGUAAUUGAAUUCAGUUUAAGUACUUUUACAUGAAUCCUGUCUCAAAAUCAAGAAAAGAACGUGAUCAAACGUCUUAUUCAAAAGUUAGCAUUCUAUAUGUUCUCCAAGUUGCAUCAUUGUCUGGUGAUUCGCGAAAAAAAUUUUAGAAAAAUUGAGACCAGCUGGUCCGAAUCGGUCGGAACCCGCCAUCUCUGGAGAUCACCCUGCAUCUUCAUCCCUUCGACGUCUUCGUGGUACGUGACGUCAAUUGCGGUAACGCUCACGACACCGUUGCAGUCCGGCGACGCGCAGUCGCGCGACGCCGCGAUCAAUGCGCGUCUUCGCGCGAGGGUUCCGUCGGCUGCACGAGGAUCGGAACAGAACAUGCGCGCGGGUGGACUCGUCCUGCGGCAAAAAGGAGAGACUCACGCGCGUGGAAACCUCUGACGUGGAAUACCGAUGAUGCAAACGCGCGCUCGCACUCUCGCGUGGGACAGGAUUCGAUGAAUUCUGCGAUUCUGCGAUACCGUAAACGUAAAAGUCGAGGUAGAAGGCUGGGCCGUUUCUGCUCGUGUUUGUGGUGUGUCGACGGAAUGUUUGCAACGAACGGUUCUCACGACGCGCUAACUCUGCAAGAUGUAGAAAGCUAGUGCCGUCAAAGAGAGUAUCAACCGCUUGAAUUUUGGUGGUUGAAACGCUCGGGAGUCCACUCUGAUUGAUAAAACUCGCCGUUGUUAAAGUAAUUUACCGUUUCCCAUUUCGAUACGAGUGUUGCGGGAUUUAUCGGUAGGAGUGCAGUUUUGGUUUACAUAACAGCCGUAACAAUAAUGAUAUGCACGUUUUGAACACUUUUAUUCGGCGUAUCUUAUCGGGAUGUUAGAGAGAACUCAGGAGUGAUCCGUCGCCUCUACAAAUGCCGACAAUAUUGUUGAAGAGAAACACUAAGAAUCUCUGACGACUGAUUUGUAGACUCUACAACAGUUGGUAAAUCAUCGUCGAGUCUACUCCAAUCUAUUCGAGCGAGUAUAAACAACGUGUUUAUUUUACGAACACCAGUUACGCUACUGCCUGUGUAGAAUGAACAAGUGCACGUAGACAAUCGAUCGGUGAAGCGAGCAGUCCAAUCGGAGCAGGAUGCCGAAGCCAGUUCCGGUGGAGAAUCUGGUGAUACCGCCGCAGGAUGGCCGUAUCUGCGGCACGAUCUGCAUCUGCCAGAUGACGAUGGUGCUAUCCUCGGUCGCGUUGGUGUAUCUAACGGUCGCGAUUUACAUGCCCAGCGGACGGGCGUUUCAAUCGGGCAUCACCGAGGUGCCCGUGAUGUGCACGACGAUUCGAGCGGUGAACGCCGACAAUUGCGAUUGGGGUAGCUGCGGCGAGUGGUGUCUAUCCAAGACCUCCGGGCCUUGCGUGCAGAUCCACGUGAACCUACGCAGAAACGGAUCCACGAUCCUACUAGCGAACUGUACGAACACGACGAACAAGACGUGCUACGGUAUUGAUCAGGAGAACGCGAAGAAGUCAAAGUGCAUCGCGGACGAGUGCCGCAAUCUGACCGGCACGUUCAAUUGCUCCGCGGGCACCUGCAUCAACAUCACCGACGCGUUCGAGUGCAUGUUCCACGACACGGAUCCGCCCCUCAAGUGUUCCGGUCGUCGCGGCAAGAUCACCUGCAUAGACAUAGACGGCUUGUUCAAUUGUAAUCGUGGCACCUGCGAGCGCAUACGCACCCCCUACAACUGCGAUCGCAGGUGCGUCGAUAUCCCGACCAGGAACAAGAACAUGAUUCUCCUUAGCGGCGACAAGGUAUAUCUGAGUCAGUGCGAACGAGCUAUAGACGUGAUGACCAAUCGCGAGAUCUGGCACGAGGAUCGUGGCGACGUCAUGAUGGCCUCCUGCUACGGGAUAUUCAAUUCCACGUUGGGCGUGGAGGCGGUGGACUGCAUCAACGGUUCCGUAUUGGAGAAAGAUCUGCUGACCGAUCUGACGAAUUUCACGUACCUGUCCUACCUAAAUAUAUUCGCCACGAAGCCACUGGACAAAGAACAGUUAGUCGCGCCACCGGAGCACACCCUGAUCAUCGCCAACGAGAGUAAAUUGUUGAUCAACCUCGAGGGAUGCGUGAACACGCUUCGGGACGAGUGCAAAGAUUUCCUACACGAGUACGGGAAGGACGGGUCCGAUCAUAACGCACGUGCUAGAUUUCCGUGUUACUACGCCGAGGGUAACACGGAGAUUGUCGUGUCGCGGUUCAAUCUAGAAACGACCUAUAAAGAAUUCUUGAUCGCGUUAAUUCUACCGAGUAUUCUGUUUGUCGUCAGCUGUCUGACUCUGAUCUUCUGUCAGAGAACAGUCGUCGUCGGGGACGACGCUAAAAUGAGGUUCAAGGGCACGCCCGGCACGCUGGUCUCGAUAGAGAGAAGCGCGUCGGGCAAUUUAGGGGAUGCUGGCGGAGGAGACUCCGUUAUGGCGCUCUGAGAUCCGUCACGCAUUCCCCUCCUGGAGGAGAGUCCGGCUCGUCAGUCGAUAUUCUCCCUGCGCGGGCAUUACUGAGGUGUGGGGAGGGGGGGAACGCGUGAUAAAAAAUUCUCAUCUUGCAAUUUAAUAAAACCAAAAAGCAACACGUACACAUUCCUGCAAAAGUAUCAAGAGAACGAGGCAAGAGGGAGCGGUCAGACAACAAAGAGAUCAAGAAGAAUUUAUCUACUCGCACUGCCUGCACUAAAUAUUUGAAAGACCGCACACGCAUGCUUAUGUGACGCGAGCAGGUGUUGUUACGAUAUCAAAUUGCGCACGAUUCUCUCGUUCUGAAGAAAAUAACGACUCAAGAGAAAAGAUUUACUCGAUCUUGGCGUUUUUUCCACACGUGACAUUUGUAGCUUUUAAAAGUUCCCCUUUUCUGAUUGAUUUGCCGUGACCAAUAAAGUUUAACAAUCAAGAGGCGCGCCUUGCUGAUGGAUGAUCGACUCCAGACGAGCUCUCGAUAGCCUGCUUACAUAACGAUCCAACAACUCAUCGUAACCGGAAGUACGAACGUUGACGCGAGCAACCUAGCGAUAUUGACGAAAGUCGGCCUACUCGAAGACCUUCAUCUCAAGAAGCUUCACGUUUAAAGCUUAGAAUUUUCUAAAUUAAUACAAUCUUAUAACCAAUUCAAAUCUAAAUUCGAUUUGAAUAGUCGAUUCUCGAAUUAUCGUUACUCGAUUAUCCUCGUUGCAUUAUAUCCUGUUCAA